AUGGACGACGACCGUCCCCUCUUCACCACCUUCAAGCCCUCUGGCUUCUGGGCACCUCCAGCAGCUCAGUCCCUGCCUGAGGGGGACCCGUGGCCAGAGCGGGGGGCCCUGCGUGCCCGGACGAGGCUGUGGUUUGAGCAGACACAAGCCCAGAGGCUGGGGCCCGAGGGGGAGCUCCCCACCUGGUUCCACGGCUUCAUCAGCCGCAGGGAGGCAGAGGAGUUGCUGCAGGAUCAGCCCCUGGGCUGCUUCCUGGUCCGCUUCAGCGAGAGCACCAUCGGCUUCGUCCUCUCCUACAGGGGCAGGGAUCGCUGCCGGCACUUUGUCCUGGAGCAGCUGCCGGACGGGCGAUACGCGAUCCUGGGGGAGCGCAGCGCCCACCCCGAGCUGGCCGAGCUGCUGCGGCACCACGCCACGGUCCCCGUCUCGCCGUACCCCGAGUUCCUCACCGUGCCCCUGCCGUGCGGACGGGACGAGCCCCGGGGACGGACAGAGCGCCCAGCUGGCAGCGAUGCUGCACAUUCCCCACUGAGCCAAGCACCAGCAAAGCUCCCCGAGUACAGCCCUGCGUCCCUGGAGUCCCUCAGAGCCGAGGGCGGCUCCGCUAGGGAGGCUCCCAGAGCCCCGCCGCCGCUCCCUCCCAAGAGCAGCUCCCGGGGCGCUGCUCGGGGGCUGUGCAGCUCCUCCAGCAGCUCAGCAGAGCCCGAGGCUCCCUAUGCCCAGGUGCGUAAAGAAGCCCCGAGCCCCGAGCCCAAGUACCAGCAGCUCAUGCGUUUCCACGUCUACGCCGAGCCCCGCGAGGACAUCCCCAUCCCCGAGGAGCCCAUCCCCUUCUAUGCCAUGGCCCGGGGCUGGAGCCCCCGUGCCAGCCCCAGGGAGAACAUCUACUCCGAGGUGGCGCUGGCCCGGCAGGAUGUGCCUGCUCGGCUCCCCGUGGCACUCCAAAACACCUUCUCCACUCUGCCCUCCAAACCCCGGCCCCACCGCCGGCUCUUCCGCAGCGUUUCCAGCCAGGACAGCAAGAGGAGACAGCUGUCGGUGGCUCCCAGCACAGGCACACAGGUCAUUCUGAACCCUGAGCUGGAGUUGGAUGAUGCCGUGUACAGCCAGAGCAGCCACAGGGAGCAGCAAACCACGGCCACGGCUGAGAACGUGUACGAGCAGCUGCCUGGGGACUGCCCCUAAGCCACCUGCACAGGUGGGCUCAGGACAUCACCUGGCUCCCAGGCAGAGGCAACCUCAGCCUCCAUCUCACCACUCAAAGCCCCUGGCCCUGGGAGGAGAGGUCCAGAGCUGCUGUUGGCCCCAGCCAGCGAUGCCAAUCUGCUCCAUGGGGAGUCUCUUCUCUUCCAGCUUCCCAACCCUGUUUGACAAUGCAGGGAGGGGAGCAGGGUUACCUUACCCAUGAACACAUUCCAAGAGACUUCUGUUAAUAAAAUAAGGGGAAAAAGGCUGUUACAGGAAACACAGGCAUGAGUUUGGCACAGUUGGCGCAUCCAGUUGGAAAUUAAACUGGCCAGGAACUGGGGUGAUGCUGCAGCCAGGGCCAAGCUGAAGCU